CGCGUUUGAAGGCAUCUCUCUUUGAGCAUCGGGGCGAGGACGGUGCAGACGGUCUCCUCUGCGCCUUUAACUGCCUUGGCAUAGGCGGUGGUAUGUGCCUCGGCAAGUCUUGAAAGGACUUUCGACAGAGGAACCAGUGUCUCUUGUCGUGGUAGCACAACCAUGUCGUCGCAAGCACGAUCGAGUAUUCUCUGAGAUUUUUGGCGCAGUUGUUCGCAAUGGGUUUGGUAUUGUGCAGAUAAUUUGUCGAUGAGAGCGGCGCCCAAAUCAAGGCUAGAUAGUCGUGCUUCAAUGGAGGGGGCCGAGGGGAUUUUGUGUCGCUUCCCACUGAGGGAGGCUUUCUCCGCAUCUGUUACUAGAUGAGGCUGCAGCUCGGCCUCAGGAAUAGUCUGUUUCCUGAGGGACUCAGUUGCCUGGAAUAAUUGCCGCAGGAGUUCGCGCGGUUCGGAAGUCAUUUUUGGGUGGGGUGGGUGUUGAAAGCAGAACGUAUGUUAACAGGUCCUCCGGCAGGGACAUGGACACACAAUGCGGAGUUGGCACUACUGAUGGCAGACAAUGCGGAGUUUGAAUGUCAUCCUUUGUCCCUGUCACUGUGCAAUGAUGCUUUAUUCUCUCUUACCACCAUGGCAGCUAUUAUUCGCGGCAGGCUUGAAGCUGCAGGAUCCGAGUUUCUGACCACUCUCGACUCGAAUACACUUGAGGCCUUCGAAGCUUUCCACGAGACUUGGGUCCCUCUAUCGCAAGAUGUUGCGCACAGGAUUGCCGCCGGUACUCUGGACAAAGACACCAUUGUCAUAGCGCAGACCCUCGCGUCUCAAAUCGCGUUGGCUAUGCGCCCUCUCCUUCUCCUGCGAACCCAAGCCGACGAGGCAGCCCUUCAGAUGCAAGCAGAUUUCGAGAAGGAUUUCAAUCUCGAGGACAAAGUCCCCCCUUUGUCGCGUUCGUCUUCUCCUCAUCGACGCAGCUCGUCGCCAGAAGGUCCUCUGCCUCCAAAUACGCGCUUCGAUUCGCGUGCCCUGCCAUAUAUCGAAGCCGCCUACCGGUGGCUGCUGAAACACGUACACAACCCAUACCCCAAGAAAGAAACCAAAGAACGCCUGGCCGAAAUCUCCGGUUCAACCCCGGAACGUAUCACUGAAUGGUUCGUCGACGCCCGUCGUCGCAUGGGCUGGACCAAACUUCUGCGUGAAGAGUUCGACCGCCGACGCGCCGACAUGAUUGAUGCCGCGCACCGAUUCUUCAUCCAUCCUAUCAGGGGUCAACCACUUCCGCAGGAUAUCUUUGCCGAGUUCGCGAAGAUCGAGCAGACGACGCGUGAAAUGUACGCGGGCAAGUUCAUCCCGGGCGACCUUUCAAACAAGAUGGCUGCCGUAGUGCGGGAUCUGUCGGUUGAAAAGCUCGAAGAGAGCAGACGCAAAAAGAUGGAGAGGAAGGCAUUGGAAGACGCGGCUGCGGCCCACUGCGAAGGAAGGACUGUCGAUGCCGGUCAUAAACGGUCCCGAUCUGACGCGGACGAGUACGUGAUGCUUUCCAGGAAACGCUUCCGGACUGGGGACCACAUCCCCCUUCCUUCGCCGGCGUACUCCGUUCAGGUGCCAGAUGCGGUGUCCAAUCCCCGCAAGCGGCGACUGUCCAGUGUCGAUUCGCAACAUACCACUUUCAAACGGCCCCGGACUCAGGCUGAGAUUGACGAUAGCUCACGCGUGCAGGAGGAAUCGGGCGUGGAACCUGUCAUUCCCAUCACCGUCACGCUUGCUGGCACCCCCGAUGUGCUGGCUGAUUGGUUCAGCACCGACCGUAAUGGGGAGACGGACAUCUUCGAGUCUGGCCAGCUGUUGGAUAUUCAAUUCUUUGACCCUCUGGCCCUCAACAUGUCUGACGAAGAUGACGAUGGGCCUGUCACUCCUGUCGACGCUCCAGCACAGUCCAUGUUCUUCCCCUCUCCAACUUUCGACCAUGAAGACACGCUUGCUGUGGACGUUCCGGCUGAUCUGCAGGCCUUGUUUGACUGGUCAAUCACAGUGCCACAAAACCCCGCAGAGCAUCUCAGCGCUGACAUGAAUUCUAAUUCGACCUUUGUGGACUUGGGCCCGCAGGGAACGAUUUCAUAUGAAGUGCCGCAGGACUUGCUGGCUGGAUUUCCGGCCCCACUUCCUGGAUUGGAAGGGUCUGUGCAAGAUUCAUUCAUCACGCCUCAGAGCGUUGCUCAGAUGAUGGCUACGUAUCCUGACAUGUCCUACGGAGCAUAUCCUGGCUAUGUGCAGCCUUACGGCAAGGAUAUGACUGCCCCUCCGGUGCAAUUCACUGCCGUGGACCCGAACCAGCUCAGCAUGGGGAUAUUCCAGUACCAACCUACUUAUUGAUCACUUAUUGACUUUAUUUCUUUUCUCGUUUGAGAACCUCAUCCGCAUACCAUAUCAUCUGUACGACCACUCGACUCACUGCACAAACUCAAGCUCAAUGUAUCACCGCUAUCUCUAUGCCUAUUUGUUAUAUAUGCACAUGCCAUGUCUUGGAAAUACUGCACUCUCGAGUAUUACUUGGUAGAUACUGAUUAAUACACCUCGUCAGAUUCAAUGCAGCCCCCCCUCCCCGACAUCAUCCUCAAUGCGCCACCUACCGACCUCCCGCAUGGCCUGGGCAUCACCUUCUUCGAGCUGCGGCGUAGAGAGUAGUGUGCUGACCAUCUUCCACGGGUCUUUUCCUCCGCCGUACCUAAGCACCUCUUGCUUGUACUGUUCUCCUUUUUCACGAUCGAGCGGAUCCUCCGAGAAGACGUUCCUCCACACCCGCGAUGCGAUCGCACGGUCGAAGAGGUACGAAUAGUACGUCGCGGCAUAGCCCACCAAGUGUCCGAAGUGUGCUUGAGACGAAGUUCCAGGAACAUGAGGGAUCAGGCCACGCGUGUUGUGCAGCCUCGCGAGCUCGGCGGUCGAAUCGAAGCCGCUUUCGAGGACUGACGGAGAGUGAUAACCCUGGUCCAGCGCUGCGAGCAGGAUUUGCGAGUAUGUGUCAAUGGAAUGGCAAGGAUCGACGUGCUGGUUGGCGCUCUGCCGCGCCAGAGUAGUAGAAUCCUCGGCGUCGAACAGAGAAAGGACGGAAGGCGAGCUGAGGAAGUGUUCCAUCAGGAUCGACGGCAACUCGACAAAGUCUGUAGCACAGCGGGUACCGGAGACGUUCUGAUACUCGGUUCGGCCGAUCAUUGAGUGCAUAGCGUGGCCCAUUUCGUGGAACAGCGUCGACACUUCGUGCCACUGCAACACCGACCCCCUCCAGAACUCGCAGACGAGCACGACCAGAGGCAACUGGUACGUCCCGUCCUGGCCAGGGAGCACGUGCCGCUUGACGGCUUCAAAAUUCUUGGAGAUUGCGAUGUGUGGUUCGAGCUCAGCUCCGAUGAGAUCCCCAGCUUCGUCGUCGUCGUCCGUUCUCCUCGAGCAUCGCACGGUGUAGUGUGCCGCGCCACUUGCCUUGCCACGCCGAGCAUACAGAUCGGCGUAGAUCCACCCAAUCACGCCUUUUGUCUCAUCUACCACUUCUAGCUUCGUGACAUCGGCAUGAUAUGUCUCUCCAGCCUGGACUGACACAGGUCGCAAAGAAACACCGUAUAGAUGCCGGAACAACCGCGAUAGACCCAUGAACACCGUCCCCAGCGUCAAAGGGGGAAGUGCUAUCGGCGGGGCUGGUGGUUCGGGAGGGCAGUAGAAGUCGCGAUCCCAGGCUUGGAUUACCGGGAGAGAUGGGAUGCGCAGGUGGGUUUGUUUCCGCUGGCUCAAUGCAUGCAAGGCGCUUUGGGCUGCCGGCCGAGUGUGAUCGAGGAGAGCGUCAAUGAAGUGUCCGACAUUGGCUGCGUAGCAGAUGAGUAGAUGUAGAGCAACUUUGAGUUGUAACGCACCUGGUGAUUUCGCCAUCUUGUCCUCAAGCGUCAUAGCGGCAAAACUCGGUUUCCCGACCAACUGUGCCAGUUCCGCCCUUUUCCUCAACAGUUCUUCCAGAACCUGGAUGUGUUCAACUGGACUCGAAUUCGACGCGAUGUAGACGCGUCUUCGAGCUUCUUCGGCGGGCGCAGACCGCAUAAUCAUCUGCGCCUGCAGAGAGCCAGGGUAGACGAGUAAAUCGCGCUGAGUGAAGCGCGCCUGCAGUUGCAGCCGCACUCCCAUGCCCUGGUCCUUGAGCCCCGCCAACUCGGCUGGUUUAAUCGAUGCCGGGGGGCCAGGGGUGGAUGUGCCCUGCAGAAACUGCCGCCCCAGAACCAGAAUAUCGGAAGAGAGGUCCACGAAUCUGUUACGUUUGUCCGGCGGCAGAUGGAUGGCAGAGUUCUCAAAGUCGCGUGAAAAAAUGAGUGCAGUGGCUAGUGCCUCCCUCGAUAACGUCUUCCUAAUCUCUGAGUCAUUAAGCACUGUUUUCAAAACCUAGAAGAACGAGCUGUUAUAGCCCACGCAUGCGACGGACGAAACACACACACACACCUCGUACAACCCAGUGUGCGUAUUCAGCACAUUCAUAAAAUUACACAACUUCUCAUGUGCGAAGUUGGCCGCCUCCACCCACAGCUGUUCCGGGUGCGCAUUCUGCACCAGCUCCGCCAAGUCGAUCACACCACACAGCAGGUCGCUCAGGCGGUCCAGGUUCUUGACGACUAGCAUCAACUCCUCGCGGGACCUGUGCGCGUCGACUAUCCGGUCCGUGAGUAUCUGCGCCCGGAUGAGCGUCGCAUCCGUGAGCUCGAUGAGCGCCUCGGGUCGGGUCAGGGAUUUGUGUCCGAACAACCCGGUCGGCGACAAGGAACCUGCGAUGGAGCCGAAUUUGGACUUGGGCCGGUCGAAUAUCGUCGCUAGCGCCUUGUCGUCGACCGACGCUGGGAUUGUGUGUGUGUGCGCUUCUCGUCGCCCUGGUCGCUGGGGUCUGGUUGGCUGAUCCGUGCGCGCCAGCAGACAUCCACGAAAUCGAAAAACACGUCGGAGGCUCUGGCUGGACACCGCAUUUCGCCGCAGCAUCAGUCGUUGGUUGGAGUGGCGGAGGCUGGGAAUACGGGGGGCACGAGUUUGAUCUUCCCGUCCUGUCCUCCGAGACCCGACUGACGCGAUC